AUGUCUCGCCUCCAGGGUCCAUCGACUGCGACGGCAUUCAACUCUCUACCUAUAGAACUCAACAAGGCCAUCGGCCACGAGCUCGAAGAUGACAAGGACAUCGCGAUAUAUCGCUUAGUUUGCCACGCUACCAACGAUGCCAUCGACGCCGACAGGCUUUCCUUCUGGCGCGCCAAGUACCGCGAGAAGUAUGACUUCAAGGAUUGCCUUACCAACCUUCAGUUGCGACGCAUCUAUCAGCGUCGCUCGAAGCAGCUCAGACGCGGCAUCAAUUAUCCCUUCUUCCAUGGUGAUCGUCAGGGGGAGAGGCAGGUAGUGAACAUGCUCAAAGACAUGAUAGUCGAAUCAUUCCAGGGGGCUACCCAGGUUGAUGAACAUGGCCGUCUUCGCUGCAAGAAUUACGCCCACAUCCUGAACUUCAUUCUCAAAUCCCGUCUCCUCAACAACGACCGACGUGCCCCUAACGCCCCACCCGCCGUGUUGAUGCACAUCAACGACGGACUUGCCGCUGUGAAGCUCGUGUGCUCUCAGUUUGUCUUCAACCUCGAAGGCUUGGAACACAACGUCUUUGCUUUUGAGGAGUCACAGCACGCUGUCUACCUCUCUGCCGCUGCUGCUCCGCUCUUCACCAAAGAUCAUACGAAGUUGAAUCUCGGGUGGAUGCUACACGCCAUGAACUUCUUCCGCCACCACAUGAUGAACAAAAAUGCCCGGACACUCUUCGACAAGAUCGAAGAGCUAGACGCCACCCAGAAGCCUUCAGCCUGGCGAGAACAGCUUGAAAAUGGAGCUCAACCACUGAGUAGAUAUUGGAAGGGCACAUACUCUUUCCUUGACAACUCUGAAGUUCAGAAGCUGCGACGACAAGGACCAGGAAAGCAAGUGUACAUUGACAAGAAUGUCGAUGAAGGCAAGAUCCAGUCCCUUGAGCUCGCUUUCGCACAAGACAGCGUCCUAACCGAUGGCCGCCAGCUGCCAUGGCCACCCGUUUUUGAAGACCGUCUUCACUCGCUCGAGAACGACACCACAGAGCAAGGUAUCAAGACCCAGGGUCGAAGUGCCGCUAAACCCACCACAUCCAGCAUUCAGUUCGAGGGCAAGGGUGAGGACCUUGAGGACAAAUACAUGGCUCUGGGAUGGCUUAACACACUGCCCCCACAAGGUGGCAUCCCUGGUUGGCAGCGCAUAACCUUCAUGAAGCACUUCACACAAGACUACGAUCAUCCAAACGAGGAUAACCUUUGGGCAUAUGAGGGCGUUGUUUUGCCUGGUGGUCGGAUCAUCCUGGGUCGAUGGUGGUUUGCCUCGGAGCAGGGUCAUCCUAGCCUGGAGUACAACGGCCCUUUCAUCUUAUGGGCGAUUGAUGAACCUGACCUGGAGGAUGACGGCAGCGACGAUGAAAGUCACUGA